ACCAAUAAAAAAAAGGCACUCAGUUUAAAAUGGGGUUGCAACGACGAUGUCAACAACAUUUUUCAAGACUGAGAUCGGGAAGUUGCUAACAGCGACGGGCAUAUUAAACUGAGAUACAAUGGCAAACAUUGCGGAGCAAGAAAAUGCAUGUAUUCAUGCACCUUCUCUGAAGAUGCGACAGCGACUUCAGUCUGCUCCAGAGAAACUUCUGAAAUCUCCUAUGAUUGCUAAAACCACUCGCACCCCUCUGCCAUCUGGCCGUAAGGCUUUUGGUAAUGUGAACAAAAAGAUCUCCACCCCAGCUGUCAACGUACAAGAGAAGAAGCUGUUGGCUCAGGAAACAAAGGUCAAGCUAACUCCUCACUCCAAAUUGGAGGAAUAUCCAGAAAUUGAAAAGUUCAUCCCUUAUGAUCCUUUAGAGUGUGACAAGUAUGGUAUACCUGAAGACUUGAUUCCUCUUGGUGGCUUGGCUCUACCUGGAUUGGCUUGUCUCUCUCAAACUUCGCAUCGAUAUCAGGAGGACCUGGAAAAGAUUGAUCCACUGCCAAAUCUUUCACCAGUGAAGUUGCCAAAACGUCAAGAUUACUGCCUGGAGCUGGAUGCCUUUCUUCAAACCAUUGAUGAGCUGACCAUUGAGCUUCCUCCAGAAUCUUUCUGACCAUGCAUGUUAACUGUUUUUUAUAUUUUCUGAAAUAAAGUUUUAUUUACCUUUC